AUUCCCAAAUUGAGACCCCAAAAUCCUCCCUGAUUCUCACCCCAAGCACCUCCUUCUGGUCUCUUUUUCCAUGCUAUAUCCCAAUUUUCCCAAGGGAUCAUCCUGGUUUUUCCAUGGGAUCAUCCCCUCGGGAACGGGAUCUGCAAUUCCCAACGUCCCCCCCCCCCCCCCAAUUUGGGACCAAAAAUGCGGCGUCAUCCCCCUCCUAAAAUCCGGGAUGUGGGGUCUGGGUCGUCCCAAGAGGUUGGAGUGGGAUUCCGUGCAGAUCGCGGAAUUCCGGGAGAAUUUUGGGAAUUUCGGAGGUGUUUUUUUCCUUAAUAUUGUUAUUCAGGGUUGUAGCAAAUCAUGCGGUUGGUGGAUUAAAAUGGAAACGUUUGGAGGAGCCCGGAGGGUGAAAUCCAGGACUUGGCGAUGCCACGAGGGGAUUCAGGGGGCGCCAGCGGCAUCGGCCGUGCCGUGAGCGGCCGCCUGGCCCGCGAGGGCGCGCGCGUGGCCGUGGCCGAUCGCGACGUGUCGGGGGCGGCGGCGACAGCGAAAGGGCUCCCCCGGAACUCCCCCCCGACCACGGAGCUUUCCAGACUCAAAUCCAUCCCAAAUCCAUCCCUGGUGACACAGGAGGUGACAAAGGCCUUGGUGACAUCGGGGGACCCCGGGGGGGCCUCCCUGGUCCUCGUGGGCAGCGUGGUGGCCAAGGUGGAGAAUUUGGGCCAAACCAACUACGCGGCCUCCAGGGGGGUGGAGGGGCUGACCCGGAGCGUGGCCAAGGAGGUGGCCAGGUUUGGGAUCCGCUGCAAUUCCGUCCUGCCAGGAUUUAUCGUCACCACCAUGAUGGACAAAGUGCCCCCAAAAGUGCUGGACAAGUUUGCAGGGAUGGUGCCACUGGGACGACUGGGGGACCCUGAGGACGUGGCAGACGUGGUGGCUUUCCUGGCGUCAGGGGACAGCGGCUGCGUCACCGGGGCCACCCUGGAGGUGACAGCCUCAGCCAGCGCUGCCCAGGCCCAGAGGAAGAUGAAGGUCGCUGUGCUCAGCGUGGCCCUGCUCUUCACCAUCCUGCUGAGCCCCCCGGCAGAUGCCAAGCCCGUUCAGGCCGGCGGCGUCCAAUGUGGGGAGGCAGGCGUGAUCGGCGGCCCGCCACUUGCCGGACAAGGAGGAGGUGGAUGUGUCGGGGGAGGCAUGGAUGUCCAUCGAGUGAAGAGGUCUGAGCCCCCUGUGGCUGACCAAGUGGAGCUGCAGCGCCAGUGACGCUCGGCUGCCUCUCUGCAUGUCCAGGACUGGAAGUGGUGGUGACACCCGUGUCCUGUCCCCCUCCAGCAGCAUGAGGAGAUGAUCAUCCCUGGAGGACCCCCCUGAUCCCCUGGGUGCCCUGGCAAUUUCCCUGCAAUAAUCAAUAAACCCCUGCAGCAAAACAAA